AUGGCUCGAUCGAUGUAUCUCCCUGGGCUUAUAAGUUCUCAGACCUGGCUAACAUUCCUACUGUCCAGGAAUCACCGCCAAAUAACCAAAUCAAAGGCCAUAGCCGCAUAUAAAUUCUUCAGACACAAUGGUAAUCAACCACUUAACUCUCCAUUGUUGGCCAUUGGAGGCCAAUCCUGCUGCCCGAGGAGACUGUCACAGACGUCUACUACAGGUGGCGAGCAUGCUAAAGACCAGCCCGGCCUGCUCGGGACGACAGAGAACGAGCUUGGUCUUCGGAAAUAUCUUGAAGACAACGGCCAUACCUUGGUGACAACCUCUGACAAGGAGGGCGAGAACUCCGUUUUUGACCGUGAGCUCGUCGAUGCCGAGAUUAUCAUCACCACACCUUUCCAUCCCGGGUAUCUUACAAAGGAGCGUCUCGAAAAGGCAAAGAAGCUCAAACUCGCCAUCACUGCUGGUGUUGGAUCAGACCAUGUAGACCUAGAUGCUGCCAACAAGACGAACGGCGGCAUAACCGUCGCAGAGGUAACUGGUUGCAACGUCGUCUCGGUUGCUGAACAUGUCGUCAUGACGAUCCUCAUUCUCGUCCGUAACUUCGUGCCCGCAUACCAACAAGUCUCCACCGGGGGGUGGGACGUUGCUGCUGUUGCUAAGAAUUCCUACGACCUUGAGGACAAGGUUGUUGGGACAGUGGCUGUCGGCCGUAUUGGAGAGCGUGUCCUCCGUCGUCUACAGCCAUUCGGCUGCAAAGAGUUGCUCUACUAUGACUACCAGCCACUGAAGCCAGAGGUUGAGAAGGAGAUUGGCUGCCGUCGAGUUGAGUCCCUUGAGGAGAUGCUCAGUCAAUGUGAUGUCGUCACCAUAAACUGCCCACUGCAUGAAAAGACACGAGGCCUCUUCAACAAGGAAUUGAUUUCCAAGAUGAAAAAGGGGGCCUGGCUCAUCAAUACUGCCCGUGGUGCAAUUGUUGUCAAGGAAGACGUUGCUGAAGCUGUGAAGUCAGGUCAUCUCCGCGGCUAUGGUGGCGACGUCUGGUUCCCUCAACCUGCUCCAAAGGAUCACCCACUCCGAUAUGUCCAAGGCCCAUGGGGUGGUGGUAACGCCAUGGUCCCCCAUAUGUCUGGUUCAACAAUUGAUGCACAGAUUCGAUACGCGGAGGGCACUAAAUCUAUUCUCCAGUCCUAUUUCUCUGGUAAAUUUGACUACAAACCCGAAGACCUCAUCGUGCACAAGGGAGAGUAUGCUACCAAAGCAUAUGGUGAGAGAAAGUAG